GGGAUCCUGAUAACUCCAAGGUGAUGGAGAAUGAAACUAGAGCCGAAGGCAGGAGGCAGCCAGCCAAACGUUCUCACAGGCUGCAAGACAACAGCAGGAAGGAGGAGGAAAGCAUGACUCCUGGACAUGAGUCUGGGGAAACCAAGGUGCAGAGGAAAGAGAACCAGCACCAUGAGAGCACCACAGCAGCUAAGGCUAACAGCAGAUGCAAAGAGGACUCAGUCAAGGAGAUGGACCCCCAACCCAAGGCUGAGAGAGCAGAUGAGGAGCCAAAAGAGGCAUGUCGUGGGAAGCUCCAUCUGCCGUUGUCUCCCCCGAACGGGGUUCGACUCAGCGCUCGCUUGGCUGGGAAGCCGCGCAAGGUGCAUGCACUGACCGGCCAGUGCCUGCAGGAGUGCAAUGCUAGGGUGUCUGGGCAGGAGGCCAAGAGGCCAAGCACUUCCGAGGGAGGUGGUGCAGAGACACGCAAGAAAGUAGGGCAGGUUUCCAAAGGCCAUUCCAAACUAGAGCCCCUGGUGCAAAGGAAGAAGGGCCUGUCUGAUGGUCCUGAUGAGCUGGACAAGUACCCAGAAGUGGAGGUCAGUAUUGCACUGGAGGAGGGGCCUUCUGGGAGCCUGGGUGUAUCUCAGCAGAAGUCCCUGCCACAUGGGGAUGAGGCUGGUGAGCGCAGGUAUCGCUGUGGGGAGUGCGGCAAGGCCUUCCUCCAGCUCUGCCACCUCAAGAAACACAGGUUCACCCACACUGGCUACAAGCCUUUCCUGUGCACUGAAUGUGGCAAGAGCUACAGCUCUGAGGAGAGCUUCAAGGCCCACGUGCUCUUCCAUCGGGGUGUGCGCCCCUUCCACUGCAAGCAGUGUGACAAGGCCUAUGGCACUAAGCGGGACCUGAGGGAGCACGAGGUGCUGCACACGGGCGAGCGGCCCUUUGCCUGUGAGGAGUGCGGCAAGACAUUCGCCCGCCGGCCCUCCCUCCGCAUCCACAGGAAGAUCCACCUCAUGAAGGAGCUCAACCUAGCCAACCCCAAGGUAUGCAAGUGUGCCAUCUGUGAGCGUUACCUGGCCAACCCUGGCUCCCUGCGCAACCACAUGCGCCUGCACACUGGGGAGAAGCCCUACAUCUGCCCCUACUGUGGCAAGGACUUCCGGCAGCAGGGCAACCUGCGCGGCCACCUGCGGCUCCACACCGGCGAGAAGCCCUACAAGUGUCGCUUCUGUGGGGACGCCUUCCCCCAGCUGCCAGAGCUGCGGCGGCACCUCAUCUCCCACACUGGGGAGGCCCACCUGUGCACGGUAUGUGGCAAGGCGCUGAAGGACCCCCACACGCUGCGGGCCCAUGAGCGCCUCCAUACCGGCGAGCGCCCUUUCAAGUGCGAGCAGUGUGGCAAGGCAUACACACUGGCCACCAAGCUGCGCCGGCACCAGAAAUCCCACCUGGAGGACAUGCCUUACAAGUGUGAUGUCUGUGGCAUGGGCUAUACCCUUCUGCAGAGCCUCAAGCGCCACAAGGUCACCCACAAGGGGGCCAGAGACUCCAUUAAGCUGGUGGAGGCUGCUGUCUUGCUGGGCAUGGACAUGCCAAAGGCUGCAAGGAAGAGGCUCAAGAGGAAGGUCCCUCAGGAGACGGGUACUGGGGAGCCUACAGUGCUCAUGGUGCAGUCAGUGGAGAUGCAAGCACCAAUAAAUGAGGCAGAGCUUAUGAUAACUGCCAAUGGGCAUUACAUUGCCACUUACCAGCCCCCAGGCAGCCCCCCCGAGUCUGGGGUGCGCAGGGUGCUGGGCAGCGCAGCCCCUGCUGGGCACCUGGAAACGAACAAUGACAUCAUUGAGAUCACAAUCUCUGAGCACGAACACAAAUGUAUCAUCAUGCAGGAUGAAGGCUCCCCCAGUGACGUGGUCAUCAUCCAGGAGGGCGUAGGUUUCGGUGCUGUAGCCGAGGUGGUGGAGGUAGAGACGGGGACCUGA